AACACACGGAGGGCACAAGUGUGACCUUGUAGGACGCUACAAAUAUCCACUGGCAUGUUUUACACAGCUUACUACACCUUCACCACCCCGGACUGCAGCCGACCUCCUUUUGCUGUGAAAUAUCUUUUUCAUUAUUAACCAGAAAGCGGAUAGCUAAAGUUAGCUUAAUUCCCCUUUCUUGGACCGCCUAUAAACUAAGAAGAAUAAAGAAACGAUUACCGUUAUUAUUCAUUUGUCGAAUAAAAAACGGUCGUUCCUGCAGAAUAGAAGUUCUGACACAUUUUGCAGAAACCAUCGGAAAAACGGACCACAAAGAUCAGUCAACAAGGUCAACUUUGAAUAAGUUUCUUUGUUACUGUUUGCACAGUGAAGGGAACUUGCAGAUAAAAACACAGCAGGCUCAGUAGCCACGUUUCAACGGCAUCAUCCUCCGCUUCUUCUACGCAGUGGUCGAACUUUUACGCACUGUUGUCUCGGUGUCACCUUUAUCAUGACGCGAAGAUCUUGUGCGAUAUAUGGAGUCGGGAUUGCCUGCGCCAGUCUACUGAUCAUCGGGAUUGGCUUGAUUGUGGCUCAAGUAUUUCAAACUUUAAUCCAUAACCGGUUAAAAAAGGAGAUAACUCUGACAGAGGGCAGUCGUGUGUUUGAGACAUGGAAAAACCCUCCUCCUCCCGUCUUCAUGCAAUACUUCUUCUUCAACGUCACCAACCCAGAUGCGUUCCUGGAUGGAGCCAAGCCUAUCGUCUCUCAGGUCGGCCCUUACACAUACAGGAAGGUGAAGGAUAGUUUCUGGAAGAGUUCGAUGGUAUCUGUCUGGAUGAACUCCCUGCGUGUCGGCAUUUUCAUGACGCGCUCUGUCAACGAGCUGCUGUGGGGCUUCAAGGACCCUCUGUUGUCCCGCAUCCAUCCCAUUAACCCAGAGAUUGACGAGUACUUUGGCCUAAUGUACAAGAAAAAUGGAAGCAAUGAUGGUGAAUUUGUUUAUCAUACCGGGGAGGCGGACUUCAUGGACUACGGCAGGGUAGCCACGUUUAAAGGAGAAAGUAAACUGAGCCUGUGGACGUCUGAACAGAGUAAUAUGAUCAACGGUACAGACGGCAGUGCCUUCCACCCCCUGCUGUCCAAGACGGAGAGACUGUACAUCUUCAGUCCUGACCUGUGCAGGUCCAUCUUCAUGGAGUUUGAGAAAGAUGUGAAGGUGAAGGGGCUCCCAGCGUAUCGUUUCACCCCUCCUCGUGAUGUCCUGGCAAGCAAGGAGGAGAACCCAGCCAACGAAGGAUUCUGUGUCUCCCCCAAAGAGUGCCUGGGCACCGGCUUGCUCAAAGUCAGCGUAUGCCGAAAAGGUGCUCCAGUCGUGACGUCCUUUCCUCAUUUCUACCUGGGAGAUGAGAAGUACUCUAACGCCAUUGAAGGACUGGAUCCUGUCAGAGAGCAUCACCAGCCUACCUGGACCUGAACCGAUAUUAAUCAAACCACUGGUGUUCCUAUCCGUGCCAGUAAGAGAGCUCAGAUCAACAUCCUCAUCAACAGAAUCUCUGGCUUCCCGAAAACCAAAUCCCUGAACGAGACUAUCUUCCCUGUCAUGUUUAUCAAUGAGACGGUAGUGAUCGACGACGUAUCGGCGGCGAAGCUCCACAAGCUGUUGCUGAUGGUGACGCUGGUGUCCAACUUCCCUCUCGUCCUGGUUGGUCUGGGGGCCAUCCUGCUGCUGGUGUUCAUCGGCCUCAUCGUCUGCGAAUUCAAACAGAAG